AUGUCCGGCGUAUCAUGGUACACAGGUUAUGUUAUCGGACAGUUUAAGCUUCGCUUCCCUCAAACACACAGUAUGGGUGACGCCGGAGAGCUUAUUUUGGGUCGCUUUGGACGGGAAAUGAUGGGUAUUGGCCAACUACUCUUGUUGAUCUUCCUGAUGGCUAGCCAUAUCCUUACGUUCUCGGUGCUAUUCAACACCAUCACCGGUCACGGAACCUGCACUAUUGUUUUCGCCGUCAUUGGAAUGGUAGUAAGCUUCAUCGGCGCCCUUCCACGUACCAUGAACAAGGUGUACUAUAUGUCCAUCGUCUGUCAGUACUUCCACUAUCUGGGCAUCUUCUGGACCGCCCCCGAUCAUGUCCAGGUUGAUGCAACCAGGGACGUUAGUUUCCAGGAUGCAUUCUUGGCCGUGUGCAACAUUAUCUUUGCCUACAUCACUCAUGUUGCGUUCUUCGGACUCAUCUCCGAGAUGAGAGACCCUCGGGAAUUCCCUAAGUCGUUGACCAUGCUUCAAGUGGUGGACACGUCCAUGUAUGUCGUCACAGCGAUCGUCGCCUAUCGUUAUGCGGGCCCAGAUGUGGCAUCCCCCGCCCUUUCGUCUGCAGGACCUGUCAUGAAGAAGGUCGCUUACGGCAUUGCUAUGCCCACUGUCGUCAUUGCUGGUGUUAUCUACGGCCACGUUGCCUGCAAAUACAUCUAUGUUCGCGUUUUCCGUGGCUCUGACCACAUGCACCAGAAGAGCAUUCUUGCUGUUGGAACCUGGGUUGGCAUUGCGCUCGCCCUGUGGGUGAUCGCAUGGGUCAUUGCCGAGUCCAUUCCCGUCUUCAACGACCUUCUGAGUUUGAUUAGUGCUCUCUUCGGUAGUUGGUUCAGUUAUGGAUUCCCAGCCAUUUUCUGGUUGAUCAUGAACAAGGGAGUCUGGUUCUCUUCUCCCCGGAAGAUUCUCCUGACCAUCGUCAACCUGAUCAUCCUCGGCAUCGCCUGCGCCAUUUGCGGUUUGGGACUCUACGUCUCGGGUAAAUCGAUCCACGAGAACUCCUCUUCUUCUAGCUGGACCUGCGCCAACAACGCCAUCUAA